GAUGACCUCUUCACUUCCCUCUUCACACAUUUCUUAUCUCUCAACCCCACAUGCAAAUUUCUCUUAUCGUCCCACAAACCUCUCUACUACUACUUCUCUUUCUCCUCCCAAAACUUUGAACAUCUCUGUCUGAAAAUUUCACAGCUACCAAAUUCUUGAAAAUCCCACUGAUUUCCUUUAAUGGCCACCAAUACUUUUAACUCUGUAUACCACAACCACCAUUCUCUCCGGCGUCGCCACUCCAUAGACUGCACUCCCACCUCCACCACCACAAACUACCCCUUCUUCCUCAAACCAACCACCUCUACCGCCGCCUCUCAUUUUCUGUCCCACUCCGCUGCUUUCGCCGUCUCCUCCACCACCUUCUCCACUUCCACUACCACCAACCCCUCCACCUCCCAAAACGUUUCCGUCGAGCUCCUCCGCCAGCAUUUGUCCUCCAAGAACUUCCGGGAGGCCGACGAGGAGACCCGCCGCCUUCUGAUAGUCCUGGCAGGGGAAGCGGCGCAGAAGCGGGGCUACGUCUUCUUCUCGGAGGUGAAGUUCAUCUCGGAAGAUGACCUGAAAACCAUAGAUGGGCUGUGGAGAGAGCACAGCGAUAACAAAUUCGGGUACAGCGUACAGAAAAGGAUUUGGAACAAAGUGAACAAAGAUUUCACAAAGUUCUUCAUCAAAGUCGGGUGGAUGAAGAAGCUGGAGAGCUCCGAAGUUGAGCAGUACAAUUACAGGUCUUUUCCCACAGAGUUCACGUGGGAAAUGGAAGAGGGCACGCCGGAGGGUCACCUGCCAUUGACGAAUGCACUGAGAGGAACUCAGCUUCUCAACAGUAUCCUCAGCCACCCAGCUUUUGAAGGAGAUGAUGAGGAUGAAGACAAAGGUAAAGAUGGGGUGACUGGAGCAGAAGAGAGAGAUAGUGGGAUUAAGCCAUUGACCAAGAGAAUCUUUAAAACCACCUACACAUUCUGAAGAAGCUCUGUCACAAGUGAUGGGCAUCGAAAAAUGUAAUCUUUUGUUUGUUUUUUGAACAUUAAUAUAUAUAUAUAUAUAUGGUUUUGAUAAAGUAUAAAUUUUUGUUAUA